AUGAGUUCUAAUACUAAUACCAUCCACAGUGCUAUGCUGUCCAACCACACACUGAAUGUGAGACAUUCAUCCAAGUGGAUGGUUGGUGCUAUUGUGCUUUUCCUGGCUGUGCCUAUCUCCCGCACCACUCCCACCUACCCAUGGAGAGACCCCGUGACUAACAACAAAGUGGUAUGCCAUCAGUGCCCGCCGGGAACCUUUGUGGCACAGCACUGCACCAGAGACAAACCCACAGUGUGCGCCCCAUGUCCAGAUCUGCACUACACGCAGUACUGGAACUACCUGGAGAAAUGCCGAUACUGCAACGUCAUCUGCGGAGAGCUGCAGGUCGAGCUGCAUCCGUGCAACUCCACCCACAACAGAGUGUGCCAGUGUCAGCAUGGCUACUACUCCGAGUCCGAGUUCUGCAUCGAGCAUGCCAAGUGUCCUUCCGGGUCUGGAGUAGUAAAGCUGGGUACUCCCCAUCAGAACACGAAAUGUGAGACGUGCCCCCAGGGGUUCUUCUCGUCCUCCAGCUCCAGCACAGAGCCGUGCAAGGCACACCAGAGCUGCUCGCAGCAGGGAAAGGAGACUAAUGUCGUAGGAAACCAGUUCCAUGACACCCUGUGCACCACCUGCAGGAUGUUCAAGGGAAACGGCACCCAGGAGACAGGGAAUGAGGACUGCAAACAAGCAGUGAUCGAUUUUGUGGUUUACCAGAACAUCUCGGUGAGAAAGCUGAAGCGCCUCCAGCAAAUCCUCGAGCGGCACCAAAAGGGGAUCCUCCACAAGGACACCAGGCCUGCCUUUCAGGAAAAGUUCCACACGUAUCUCACCAAAUUGAAGAAGGAUCACUUGGAGCUCAUCAAAGUGCUGCUGAAUGCACUCCGGGCAGCGAAGCUGUAUACCGUGGAAGAGAUGGUGCGGAAACGUUUCUCCUUGGAGUUAGAAAAUUAA